CCUAUUUUGUACGCUGCUGAAGUUUCGUCUCGUCCAGUUAAGUUCCGUUAGGCUCCUGGAGUCUGACCAAAAGCUCAGGUACCCCAAGCCCUCCAACCUUUCACAGCGAAACCCUAGACCAAUUCGAUUCCCCAAAUUCCCAAUCGCGUCCAAUUCCUUUCCCAUUUGUAGCUCUCACUUUCAAUUUCACCCUCGCGUCUCCGAUUUACUGUAAUCUUCUGCGGGAAUGGCUUUUCUAGGAUUGUAGGGUUUCUCACAUCGACUUUGCUAGUUAACGAAACCACACUGUACCAGAUCUUCACCAAGCUAAUCAAGAUUGCAGAAAUGGCUAUCAGGGUUACCUUCAGCUUCUCCGGCUACGUCGCCCAAAACCUAGCGUCCUCGGCCGGCCUUCGGGCCGGCCAUUGCCGGAACUUACAGGAGUGCUGGGUUCGGUCCCGGAUCUUUGGCCCGAACCAGAAGUCCGAGGUGGAUCCAUCCACCACGGUGCGCAACUACCACUCCGAUAUCCGGCGGCCGAAACCGAAACCGAAACCGGUACCGAGUCACUGGGCCGAGAGCUCGGCCUCUCUUUGCGCGACUCUCGCCGGAGAUAUACUCGGCGAUAGUUGCAAGAGUCCGAUCGUCUUGGGCCUGAUAUCGAUGAUGAAGUCGACAGUGUGCGUGUCGGGAUCGUCGGCCACGGCCAUGGGCGUUUUAGGCAUCGCGCCGUUCAAGGCCUCGUCAAUAUUGCCUUUCUUUCAGGGGUCGAAGUGGCUUCCUUCCAACAACGAGUCGGCGAGUAUGGUUGUGGAUAAAGGUGGAACAGCGCAGUGUUGUGAGAUUACGGAGAGCGAGAGGGAGAGCUUGAUCGAACGCAAGGCGUUGGAGAAGAGCGGUUGGUUGUCCAAGAUAUUGAAUUUAUGUUCGGAGGACGCCAAGGCUAUGUUCACUGCAGUGACUGUGACCUUGUUAUUUCGGUCGUUCUUGGCCGAGCCAAGGUCGAUUCCGUCGUCUUCUAUGUAUCCUACUCUGGAUGUGGGGGACCGAAUUUUGGCCGAGAAGGUAUCAUAUUUUUUCAGGAAGCCGGAGGUUUCAGAUAUAGUAAUUUUUAAGGCACCUCCAAUCUUGCAGGAAGUUGGUUAUGGUUCAGGUGAUGUGUUCAUUAAAAGAGUGGUAGCAAAGGCUGGAGACUAUGUCGAAGUUCGUGAUGGGAAAUUAUAUGUGAAUGGUGUUGUUCAGAAUGAAAAUUUCAUUUUAGAGCCACUUGCUUAUGAAAUGGAUCCAAUGCUUGUGCCUGAAGGUUAUGUCUUUGUGAUGGGAGACAAUCGCAAUAACAGUUUCGACUCUCAUAACUGGGGUCCACUUCCUAUCAAAAACAUUGUAGGUAGAUCGGUGUUUCGAUAUUGGCCUCCAUCCAAAGUAUCAGACACCAUAUAUGAACCUGAUGUGGGGAUGAAUGCUGUGGCAAUCUCGACGAGGAUCAAGAGUCCGAACUCCGAAGUGGAACCUCCGACACUGAGCGAGUCUGUCGACGACAGAAGCAUGACGAACCGGGGUCCUGUACUAGUGUCCCUCCUCCUCCUCCUACUCGUCCUACACCUCCUACUUCCAACACCGAUUCUAUGUUUCACUCCUAUAAACGCCUCGACCUCAAACUACCACCUACAGGAUGUUGUUAAGGAAAUAUUGGGGGCGCAGAGGUGGGAUUCGAGGGACGUUAGGGUAUCCAGAUUGGAUCUGAGGAAGGUCCGGUUUGGUAGUACUCCGCGUUACGAGUUUCGGGUCGGGUUAGGCAAGUCCCAGUUGGUGGUCAAGUUCUCCGACGAGGUGGGCUCCUGGAGGAAGUUCAGAAAUGGGAAAAGCGAUUUUGGGUCUUUGGUGACUGAGGUUGGUGCUUUGGGUUUGCUCGAUACCUUGAAAUUGGAGGGUCCGUUUGAGUUGCGGGUUGGUGGUGAUGACAAUCUUUCGCUGUUGUUGCCGAUGAACACGUCACAUAAUGGUUUGACUCGAAUACUUGUUGGUGAAGGCAUCACAGUGGAAGUGAGAAGAGCUCAAGAAGUCUCUCUGAUUCACUCUUCUGGUCUUGGUUUUUCAGUGAAUAGAAGUCUUGUGAUUGACAAGGAGAAAAAUGAAUUUUGGCCCUUUUGGCAUUCUACGUGCAUCCCAUUACUUCCUAUACAAGUUUUAGGGGCUGUAUCAUUAGUUGCUUAUAGGACUCGAAAUGCUGAUGCCCACAUUGAAACUACAUUAAUUUCCAAGGACACGAUUGAGUUGCUGCCGGAAAAGUGUUACAAUAGUCAUGUCUACAAGAAGUGGACUUGCCCCAUUGAUUCUUUAAGCUCAAGGAUUACUAUCGUGGAAAGAGUUUUGAGCAGAUUUCUUCGUGAUAGAAUUCAUCAAAAUCGGUCAGGAUUCCUCAAGACUAAGAUUAAAGCAUCUGCUAUCAUUCGCUUCCGGCUAGAACUGGAAAGAGAUGUCAGAAACAACGACACCCUCCAUAGUAAGUUGGCGGAGUGGAGAACAAAGCCAAGUGUUGAACGAAUAUGGUUUGAGGUCCUGGCAAGAGUCGACACAGAGAGGCUGCAGCCCCUUUUGGUUAAGAAGGUGAAUCCUUUCAAUGUAGUAGAUUCAGUUUCAUGGAGUAAUUUAAUGUCGAAUUUAUCUUUUACACAAUUACAAUCUGUCCUCGUCCCUCCCGAUGCUCUAACACUGGAUGUGAAGUGGUAGGAUGAGGGAUUGUAUCUGAUACAUGUAUAAACGGCACUGUAAAGUGAUUUUGUACAGAGAUUCAAAAUUUUUAACAGGAAAACAAUACAGUGAAAUCACUUAAUGUGCUUUCGCUUGAAUCAAAUCAUGUGAUAACUCGAGCUUAA